AUGGUUGACCACGAUCAACUGCUGCGCUUCGGCAGAGCUUUAUCCAGGGCUGCAGGCUGGAUAUAUACGCUUCUAUGGUCUCUUUCAUUCUAUCCCCAACCCAUUCUGAAUUGGCAACGUCGUUCAACACAAGGCUUUACGAUCGACUUUCCAACUCUCAAUGUCCUGGGCUUUUUCUGCUAUAGCACCUCCACCUGCUUCUUUCUCUAUUCCUCUACCAUCCGACAACAAUACGCUGCGAGACAUCCACUUGCCCCAGAGCCUACCGUACGUUUCAACGAUGCCGCCUUUGGCAUUCACGCCGUCAUAAUUGUACUCUUGACCUACUCCCAAUUUUUCCCCGCCCUCUGGGGAUUCAAAGGCUCCGAUCGGGCCAGAACUUCUCGUCCCGUCUUGGGCAUCUUCUGGGGAAGCGUCAUCGCCAUCAUCGCUGUUUCAGGUCUGGUAUAUUUCGGCUCCGCUGCGCAUUCGGAGGGUCCCCAAGAUUGGGAAUGGAUUGACGUGCUUUAUACUCUUGGCUAUGUGAAGCUUCUCAGCACUUUUGUCAAAUAUAUCCCACAGGUAUGGAUGAAUUAUAGACGACAAUCCACCCAAGGUUGGAGCAUAGCCGGAAUAUUGUUCGACAUCACAGGUGGUGUUCUGUCUUUGCUGCAGCUUGUCAUUGAUGCUAGUUUCCAGGGGGACUGGAGUGGCAUUACUGGCAACCCCCUCAAACUCGGCCUGGCCAACAUUAGCAUUGCAUUUGAUCUCAUCUUCAUCGCACAGCACUAUAUCCUCUACCGCGACAAGCCUGAUGAUUCGAUGAAAGAAACAGAGGACGAUGCCGAGCGGCCACUGCUGGGGCAUUGA